AUGAAAGAACUGCCACAGAAGGAAGCAAACUUGUUCAAGCAGAUCCUAAAAUGCUACGAGAAUAAGCAAUACAAGAAGGGCUUUAAGGGAGCCGAACAGAUCUUAAAAAGGUUUCCAGAGCAUGGAGAAACACUUGCUUUGAAAGGCCUGUUCUACAACCACCUCGAUAAGAAGGAAGAAGCUUAUGAGUUUGUCAGGAAGGGUCUCAAACAUGACGUUAAGAGCCAUAUCUGUUGGCAUGUUUUUGGCUUAUUAUAUAGAUCAGACAAGAACUACGAGGAGGCAUUAAAGUGUUACGCUCAAGCUCUCAGAAUCGACAGGGAGAAUAUUCAAAUCAUGCGCGACUACUCGUCACUCCAAAUCCACACAAGGAAUUAUGAAGCGUUCGUUGACACUCGUCAUCAGCUGCUUGAACUGAGACCACAGAACAGGCAGUUCUGGAUCGGCUUGGCCAUUGGUUACCACAUGAUGGGAAAGCCUGACCUCGGCGCAAAGGUUCUGGUUGCAUAUGAGGAAACACUCAAGGAUAUCCCAACGAAGCCUGACUAUGAGCACAGCGAAAUGCUUCUUUAUCACAACGCUAUGCUCGCUGAAACUGGUGAUCUCCAGGCAGCUUUAAACCACUUGAACUCCAUCGAGAAGCACGUAUGCGACCUAAAGGCCAUCAAAGAGAGGCGUGCAGAAUAUCUCUUGGGUCUUGGGCGUCAUCAGGAAGCUGAGGAAGCGUACAGAAUUUUGAUUACACACAACCCUGACAAUGUUGCAUAUUUUGAGGGCCUUCGCAAGAGCAAGGGACUCGGUGAUGACAACCUUUCAGGCGAGAAUCAGACAAAAGUGCUGGAAUUACUAAAGGAGCUGCAGCAACAAUAUCCUCGCUCCAACAUUGCGAAACGUUUGCCAUUGAAAUACGCCACAGGGGAUGCCUUUAUGGAAAUUGCAGACGUGUACCUCCGCAACAUGCUUAGAAAGGGUAUUCCGUCGCUCUUUGUGAACAUUAAAACACUUUAUGCUAACAAAGAGAAGGAACAGACAGUCGAGAAACUUGUGCUCGGUUAUUUGUCGGCAUUAGACAAGUCAAAAAGUUUUGACAACUCUGAGUCUAUUGUGGAGCCACCCACUGCUCUUCUCUGGACUCUGUACUUCUUGGCUCAGCAUUUUGAUUUCCAACGCAACACUGAUAAGGCGCUGGAACACAUCAACCGCGCUAUUGAACAUACUCCUACUCUAGUUGAGCUUCAUAUGACCAAGGGACGUAUUUUAAAACACUCUGGAGAUUACAUUGGAGCCAUGAAUGCUGUUAAUGAGGCUCGUGAACUGGAUCUACAGGACCGCUUUAUUAACUCUAAGUGUACAAAGUACAUGCUCCGUGCGGAUAAGAUGGCUGAGGCUGAGAAGACAGUUGUUCUCUUUGCGCGUGCUGAUCUAGCAGAUCCUUUGAAUGAUCUUGUUGAGAUGCAAGGCAUGUGGUUUUCUCUUGAAUGUGGUGAGAGCCAUCAACGUCAGGGCGAUCUCGGACGUGCCUUAAAGCGUUUCCAUCAGGUUGAGAAGCAUUUCAACGAUUUUACUGAGGAUCAAUUCGACUUUCACAUAUAUUGCUUGCGCAAGAUGACCCUCAGAGCUUACGUCUCUCUUUUGAAAUUGGAGGAUCAGCUACGCUCCCACCCCUAUUAUGUGCGCGCUGCCAUCGGAGCUGUUCGAUGCUAUGUCACACUUUUCGAUAAACCCGAUGGUGCUGAUCUCGAGGAGAUGGAGGGUAUGACCGAGGCGGAGAAGAAAAAAUUCCGUAACAAGCAACGCAAGGCUGAACUCAGGGCUCAGAAAGAGGCUGAGGAAAAGAAAGCUCAAGCUGCUCAAGAGAUUGUUAAGAAGGGGGGUAAAGUUGAUGAAGAUCCUGAGGGCUUUAAAUACUCUAAGACGACGGAUCCUCUUGGAGAGGCGCUCAAGUUCUUGAAGCCUUUGCAAGUGUUGGCUGCCGAGCGCAUCGAAACUCAUCUAAUGGCCUUUGAGAUCUACAUUCGUAAAAGUAAGUAG